AUGGAGCACUCGCACUUUGAGGAGCCGCGGGCGCCGUGGAUGGAGCAGGAGGGGCCGGAGUAUUGGGAAGAGCAGACACGGAUCGCCAAGGCCAACGCACAGACUGACCGAGCGGACCUGGGGAUCCUGCGCGGCUACUACAACCAGAGCGAGGCCGGUGAGUGGUCCCGGCCAGGGGCGCAGGUCACGACCCCUCCCCAUCCCCCACGGACGACCCGGGUCUCCCCGAGUCUCCGGGUCCGAGAUCCGCCCCGAGGCCGCGGGACCCGCCCAGACCCUCGACCGGAGAGAGCCCCAGGCGCCUUUACC